AGACGCAUGGAAUCUCAUUUAGAAUUCAAAUCAGUGUGAAGGAACUGCUGGAUACAGAUGUCCUUUUAAAGCUGUUAUUUCAUUUACCAGUCAAUUAUCCAUCAGCUCCACCAGAUAUUUCUGUUACCUCUCACCAGCUUACAAGGGCCCAGUGUAUGGACGUGAAAGAUAAAUUACUUGAACAAGCAAAGAAGCAUCUUUCUGAACCCAUGGUACACGAUCUGAUUCUUUGGAUACAGCAGCAUCUUAAAGAUGUCAUUAAGCAAUCAGCAACAGUUUACAAUGAAAAAACUACUUUGUCAAAAGGAACAAGUACAGAAGAUGGUAUCUGGAUGCUCCUUUUGCAUUUAGAUCACAUGAGAGCAAAGGCAAAAUACGUGAAAACUGUGGAAAAAUGGGUUUCAGAUCUAAGGCUGACUGGAAGACUGAUGUUCAUGGGCAAGAUAAUAUUGAUUCUUCUGCAGGGUGACAGGAGCAGCAUUAAGGAGUACUUGAUUCUUCAGAAAACUUCUAAGGUAGAUGUGGACUCAAGCGGAAAGAAAUGCAAAGAGAAAAUGAUGAGUGUACUGUGUGAGGCAGAAGUACAGUCGCAGCAUAAAAGGUUUCAGACAUUUGAAGUCAAAGAAUACUCAAUACUGGAGGAGCUACAAAAGGAAUUUGAAAAUGCAGGACUUACAACCCUUUUCUCUGAGUUUGUGCCUCCUCUCUUAAAAUAAAAUUAAAAGAAAACACUGGACCUUUGACUGCAGAUGCUGAUGGAAGAUAAAAGGACUAAUGUGAGAAACAACAUUAAAGCUUUUCUGCCAAAAAUGCCAGAAGUAGUCAUCCUCUUGCAAGAAGAAGGCAGUUCAUACAUUAAGAAUGAAUAAUUUUUGAUAUCUAUGUAUUAAUAACUUUUUCCAAGCAAUGUGAAGUUAAUUGUGAUAAUUGCAUGACAAGCAUG